AUGGAAAGAAUCCUUUUCCUUUUCGGAAGACCAAUUUCUCCCCAUGCUCCGCUUGCAGAGUCGAUAGAGCUGCCAGCUGACUUCCAGAGGGUGUCAUGGGUGCCACUCUUACCGAACAUGCUGGAGGCUUUGGGCCUCACACGUGAGGCGCUAGCGCUUGAGACAGCUACACGGUUAUUCGAGCCAACUGAGCCUGUGGAUGACUGUCCAUGCUUCCGUAUUGUCCUGGCGGAUGGCUGCUCGACGGAGCUGCGUUUCCGCACGGCGAGUGGCUCGGGAGAAUCUGCUCGCUGUCACCGACGGCCCGAGUUUGCAGUUGCCAACCGGAACAUUCCUGUUCCAGACAUCGAGUCCAUGGCGCACAGGGUGCUGCAUUAUUUUGCUGAUACGCAUGCGGUGGUGGAGUUUGCUGAGGAGGCCCAGGAACUCUUUGUGGCCUACGCGGCGUGUUUUUCAGCUGAGGUGCUUCGUGACAACGACGACGAUUCGGCGGCGAGGAAGGGAACGGCCGCAUGGCACCUCGGUGUGCUGGCAGCUGCCCAGUUAGUCUGGGACAUCGCGACGGAGCAGGCAGACUCCAGACUGGUGGCAGAAUCGAGGCUUCGCAUCCAAGCACAUCACGUGCUUCGCGCGUAUGCACUGUCACAAGCGGCAAGUGCUACGCAGCAGCGGGAGUCAGCGCUGGAGCAGCAGCGGAUCCCAGAAAGUCAGUUCGUGAAGUUCGAAGUUGCGCAGGAGUCGGCUGCAGAGGAUGGCGAGCCAGGCCUCAGCCAAAGCGACUCGCCGCCGCUAAGUGAUGGCUACGGGCCUGGCGGCAGUUCGGUACAGGCAGUAAUGUUGCGUACGCUUCUUCGGGGCGAACCCGUUAUUUUUGCUCGUCGCGUCGUGGAUGCUUGCUCGAAGAAGACGACUGUUGACAACAAAACAGUUAGGACGUCGUUAAAGCUGGCGCACUGGCUCGCGGUCAUCAACGCAGGCAUGGAGCAGCACUGCAUCGGUGAGGUGCAGACGCUGGCUGACCGCAAGGGCCCACGGCUGGUGCUACACCUUCCCAAGUCCAAUGAUCGAGAAGCUGUGCGUGUGUAUCACAACCGGCUGAUGGCUUUGUGUGGCUUGAGUUUUGCAGCUUUUUCGAAGCGUUUGGUAGAAGUCGCAUCCAAAGGAGGCGGCUCAGGCGCCCGGGUCGUGGCGGCCACUGCAGAUGAGCAGGUGUCGGAAGAGGGUGUGUUGGCCGUGCGACCAAGAGCUGCUAACUCAACAGCGGCGCCAAAGGCGAGCGUUGUCGUGCGACCAAGAGCUGCUAAGUCAAGAGCGGCGCCGAAGGCGAGCAUUGUUGCGAAGCAAGAGAUAGUCUCACACGAUGUUGGUUUGGCGACAACUUCUAAGGCCAGGGCUGCGCCUACAGCGCGCAGGGCUGCCAAGACGGCAGUAAAGAAAGAAGUCGUGGAGGAGGAUGAUGAUGAUUGCAUCAUAAUCGAAGCAUCUGUGCCAGCGUCGUCCGCUAGGGAGAAGACGCAGGACGCAGGGGACAGUCAGGGAAGCAAGUGCCGGAAGCUGAAUGAACAGCUCGGCAAUUGGCAUUGCUAG